GGGGGGGCUGUCCACUUGACUUCAUAUAGUGUGAUAGAUAUACGAGUUCGGACGGAACACGCCACUGCGCUUAUCGGAGACCGAUACAUCGACAGAUUAUAAGAAUUUACAAACCUGGGUCACUCUGAAUUCUGCUAUGUCACGAUUGCAUUUCGUUGUGUAAGCUCGUUAACUCCUUUCUUCGGCACUUGAAAUACAAAACCAGUGCAAUAUAACACAUUAACGGGCUCCAUGGGACAACCUGUUACAUGAGAAGCUGACAGUUGCUCAGACUGUCAAGAAAUUUCCAGCCUUUUUAUGCAAUUCCAUGGUUCAUUAACGUGCUUGAUUGAAACCGCCACUAAGAUCUAUUCUGAGCCAACUGAACAAUCCACAACCUGACACCUCAUUAUCUUUAGUCGGUUUAUCCAUUUCGAUACUGUUCUCCAUUCUAUACCUACCGACCUACCUACCUACCUCACUAACUAACUCCAUGGAGCUGAGUCCUAUAGAAGCCAACAAUCACUAAGCUACUCAAGAAUUCUCAACAUUUUAUGGAGCCCCAAGUUUCAUUACCGUGUUCACAAGAGCCUGCCAGUUGUCCUUAUCCUGAUCUAGAAGAAUCCAGUCCAUACCAAACCAUCCUAUCUAAGAUCCAUUUUAAUAUUACACUCCCACCUAUGUUAGGUCUUCCUAGUGAUUCUUUCCUUCUGGCUUUAAUGCCAAAACCCUAUAUGCAUUCCUAUUCUCCUCCAUGCGUGUCACAUGAUCUGCCCGUCUCAUCCUCCUUGACUUGAUCAUUCUAAUUACAUUCGGCGAAAAACUAUGAAGCUCCUCAUUAUGCAGUUUUCUCGAAUCUUAUAUUAUUUCGCCCCGUUUUGAUUCAUCACCCUGUUCUCAAAUGACUUCAGUCUAUGUACUUCGCCUAAUGUUAGAGACCAAGUUUUGUACCGAUACAGAACCACAGGCAAAAUUACAAUUCUGUACCCUUCCACGCCUAGGUCGCCUAAGUACGAGUCCCUGUAAAUCUUACUUCGUCUUAAUGAGGAAUGGUAUUUAAGUCUCAGCCAAAAUCAGCAGUCGGAAGUCCGCCCCUUGGUCGUCCAUCCCGUGUUCAGUCGCUAUACGGACUGCGCUAUCCCGGCUCCUUAUGCUCAUAUAUGUUGCAUACAAAAUAUACAGAAGAUGAUAACGAAAGCGCGAGUGUUCACAAGUUUGCGGAGCAUCGCACAUGAUUUAAACAAAACAGUUUAUUUAGUGCGUGUUGCUGAGAGGCGGAAAUUCGUUGCUCAGAGUCAUCCCAGCGUAGCGCGUUAAUUGUGAUGUCAUCUCCAACGCAGCAAGACCCUGAAGAUAACGCUGUGUCAUGGCCAGGUAGCGUGAGGGCUAUAUAAGAACUGCUUUCAGCCCUUUCGUAACAAAACUGCCGAACAACAACUGCUACAGUUUUCAGUUGCCAUAAUCAACAAUGGAGCGUUGGUCAGGUCGCGUUGCCGUGGUGACAGGAGCCAGCAGCGGUAUUGGAGCAGCCAUCGCUGCAGAACUGACAAAGAAGGGGCUCAAGGUGGUCGGACUGGCCCGCAGAGUCGAGAGAGUCGAGGAACUGUCAAAAUCUCUCAAGUCAGCGAAAGGAAAAUUGUAUGCGGUGAAGUGUGACGUCAGGAGAGAUUCGGAUGUUCAGGCGGCCUUCAAGUGGGUCAAGGCCAACCUCCGAGGAGUAGACAUCCUCAUCAAUAAUGCAGCUGUGGCAUCUGACAGCUCUCUUGUCAACGGCUCAACGGAGGAGUGGAAGACAAUGUUGAAUUUGAACGUGCUGGGUCUCAGCGUGUGCACCAAAGAAGCGCUGCAGUCCAUGAAGGAGAGAGGAGUGGACGAUGGACACAUAAUUCAUAUUAACAGUGUUGCAGGGCAUAUACCAGCAAUGCAGUUUCUAUGCAUGUACUCUGCGACAAAACACUCCGUCACGGCGCUGACAGAGGGACUCCGACGGGAACUCGUCAGCCUCAAAUCCAAAAUCCGUGUCACUAGUCUGAGUCCUGGUCUGGUGAACACUGAAAUGGCUCCAGAACACUUACUGAAAAUAUGUCCUUCCCUGAACCCGCAAGAUGUCGCUGAGAGUGUUUUGUACGUUUUGGGUGCCCCACCGCACGUUCAGCUUAAAUUCGUCCGUUUUGUGGUUGGUCUCAUGGCUAUGUCUAUAGGAGGUACAAAUAUGCUUACAGGACAUACUGUGUACAGAAGAAUGGAGCGUUGGUCAGGUCGCGUUGCCGUGGUGACAGGAGCCAGCAGCGGUAUUGGAGCAGCCAUCGCUGCAGAACUGACAAAGAAGGGGCUCAAGGUGGCAGGACUGGCACGCAGAGUCGAGAGAGUCGAGGAACUGUCCAAGUCUCUAAGUUCAGCGAAGGGCAAACUGCAUGCGGUAAAAUGUGACGUCAGCAAGGAGGAAGACGUUCAGGCGGCCUUCAAGUGGGUCAAGGCCAAUCUCGGAGGAGUGGACAUCCUCGUCAACAACGCCGCUGUGUUGUGCGCUACCUAUCUUUCCAGUGCACCAACAGAAGAACUUAAACGUAUGUUGGACCUCAACGUGCUGGGUCUCAGCGUGUGCACCAAAGAAGCGCUCCAGUCCAUGAAGGAGAGAGGAGUGGACGAUGGACAUAUCAUACAUAUCAACAGUGUUGCUGGUCAUAUACCUCCAGGAGAAGCUUACGCCAUGUACUACGCAACAAAACACGCUGUCACAGUGCUGACAGAGGGACUCCGAAGGGAACUCGUCAACCUCAAGUCUAAAAUCCGCGUCACUAGUCUCAGUCCUGGACUGGUGAGGACUGCAAUGCCUGUCCAAGAGUUUUUGGACACCUGCCCUUCCCUGAACCCUGAAGAUAUUGCUGAUAGCGUUUUGUACGUUCUGGGUGCUCCACCUCAUGUUCAGAUACACGAGCUGACCAUAAUACCAGUUGGACAGAUCUUCUGAAAUACUGCGUACAUUUUCUAUGUGUACACGGACGAAGGAAUAAUUAGUAUUAAUUAUUCAGUCGAUUUAUUUAAUUUAACUCUGUAACAGUAUCUUAAUUUGUAAUUGAAUGUAAAUGCAAAAUAUAUUUGUUAAUUAUGUGAAUGCACUUUA